AUGGCUAGUGAAAUUCCUCUGGUGGAACCAAUCCACUUCAUACUUACUCAAAGCUUUCAUCAUCAAAAAUUUAUGAUGCCAUGUAAGUUUGUGAAGAAAUAUGGAAAAAGUUUACCGAAAGAUAUUUAUCUAAACACUCCAAAUGGUGAAAAAUGGAAAAUAUAUUUGGUAAAAAGUGAUGGCAAAAUAUGGUUUGGAAGUGGUUGGAAAGAAUUUGCAAAGUUCCAUUCGCUAUCUUAUUACCAUCUUCUAGUUUUCAGAUAUGAAAGCACUUCGAGUUUUGAGGUACAAAUCUUUGAUAAGACUGCUUCUGAGAUAAACUACCCUCUUAAAAGAGUUGAAGCUGAAGAGGUUUCUAAUAGUAAAGAAGAUUGUAGAGAAAAUCAAAAGAGAAAAGCUUUCUCCUCCUUUGAAUAUGGAAGCAGCAGCAGUUGUGUUAAAGUCGGGAAAUCGCAAAAUCAUAUUGACAAAAAACGUAAAGGAAAACCGGUAACUAUUGCUGAGAAAAAUACAACUCUUGAAAGAGCCAAAGAGGUCAAAACAAGUAAUCCAUACUUUGUUCUUGUCAUGGGUGCAUCAUACGUUGAGCAUCAUUUUCUUUUGACUAUACCAUGUGAUUUUGGUAAGAGACACUUUGAUUUGGAUAAGAAGAAAGGAGAUAUUCAUUUUCAGGUGUUGGAUCAUGGAAUAGUUUGGCAUGCAAAGUACACAAUUAGGAUGAGCACUACAGGACUAAAAUUUGAACUCUCAAGGAAAUGGAGGGAAUUUGUAAAAGAUAAUAACUUGAAAGUUGGUGAUGUUUGCAACUUUGAGCUCAUUCAUCAAACUAAUAUGACUUUUAAAGUUCACAUCUUUAGAGCAACAGAUGAAGUCAGCACUAAUUGUUCAACUUCUCAAAGUAGGUUUAAUUAUUAA